UGCGACCGAAAACAGAGGAGCGAGUCGGAGAAGAGUAGUUUAGACGCGAAGAGGAACCACGGUCUGUCGACACCUGUCUCCCUUCACCAGGGGUCCACAGUCCAGCCAUUACUGCGUGGAUUGUCCCCUUGGGGACAAAACCCUCCCGACUUGUUCCAGGGUUUGCGGGCUGGUGUGGUAGGGGGUCCUGGCUCCUUCCAGGCUCCGAGCUGUUCUAGGAGGAGGAGGCCAGAGUAGUUCUUUCCAUUUUCCAGACGAAGGCAUUGAGAGGCCCCGCCGGGUGCGUGCAGGAGACCGGUGGGUGAGCGGCACCAGAGCUCGGGCUGCUAGCGGUGUCCAGGCUGCUGAGGCCCUCCAGAGGCGGCCGGGAGCACCGCCUGCAUUUGAGGUCUCUGUGGACUGGUGUUUUAUCCACGUUUUUUUUCAACGCUGCCUUUCUAAGGAGCCUUUUAGACAUUUUCCCCCCCUAAAUGCCUCUCCCACUGAAAUUGGGAUAUACCAUUUCAUGAAUAUACUGUUUAUGUAUCAUGGCACUUGGGUAUGUUACAAACCAUUGUAAUAUCUAAGAUUUUUUUUGCCUCCUGUUGAGACUACAUCCUGUAGACCAGAGUUUCUCAUCCUCCACAGUCCUGUCAUUUGGGGUUGUAUAAUUCUUUGUUGUGCCUUGUGGGACAUUUAACAGCAUCCUUGGCCUUAACCUGUUAGGUGUUUGUAGCACCCACUGCCGGACAGAGCCAGACAUUGCCCUGUGUUUCCUGAGGGACACCCCUCUCCCCCACUGUUGCUGACAACCACUGCUGUAGACAAAUCCAGAGGAAGUGAACAUCCCCUGGCCAGUCCCACCUCCUAGGUGGAGGUGGCAGUGGUCAUAAAGUUAAUUGAAUUGGCAUUUUUUUCCUACUCAUUUUGACAUAUUUUCUAUUUUAGUACUUACUGCCUUGUAUUGUGAUUAUUUUUGAUAUAUUUGCCAGAUCUUCCCCCGAGACCAGUCUAGAGGAUAGGUUAUUUCAGAGCCAAAGUCAUACCCCCAGCUCCAGUAUAGGGCCUGGUGGAACCCUCAAACAUAUGUUAAAUUAGUGCCAUGAAUGAAAAACAGAGCUUAGAGCUCAGGUCCUGGGGUUCUGGUCUCAGUGGGUCAUUAACUCAGGUAUGACUCACCUCAGAUGAUUUCCUGACAUUUAAAAUAAGGGGCUAAGUCAUCUCCGUGAUCCCGUCCAGUUCAAAUACUGCUUCAGAAGUCCAUGUGAUGUGUGUUAAAGCUGUUAUGUAAUCAAGGUGGUAGUUAAGACAUUAUGUUGACAUAAUGCAGACUGCUCUUCUAGGGCCUUAAGUGAUAUGUCAGAAAUAAAUGACAACUCCAGAGACUUUUACGAUGAAGCUGAAGAACAUACGGCCCCUCGGUGUUGUUCCCAUGGGUGUUGGAUGGGUGUUAGUCUCAUUUUCCAGAUGAAAAAAAUCAAGGCACAGAGACAUUAAGCCUGACUGAGACUGGGAGCCAGGUCUGUCAUUUCAAGAUCUAGACCCGGGACCUCAGGGUCCAUCUUUGUAUGGCAUGCCCCAGCCUGCUCAUCGUAAGUCUUGAAAGGUCUUGAAAUCAUUGGCAUCGUGAACAAAAUGUGCCACCCUCUCUCUGGUCAGGCCUGUUGCUGAGCAUCAGUUUACUCCCACAGUCAAAUGGGAAUAAGAGAACCCAUUCUGUCGGAUGGCCUGCUGGGUGAGAAAGCACUGGACGUACACAUGUGUGGCAUUGUCGUUACAAGAGUUUGUUGGGUGAGGCGCCUGGGUGGCUCAGUCGGGUAAGCAUCUGACUCCUGAUUUUGGCUCAGGUCAUGAUCUCACAGUUCGUGACUUUGAGCCUCGCAUCGGGCUCUGCACUGACAGUGUGGAGCCUGCUUGAGAUUCUGUCUCUCUCUUUGCCUUUCCCUCACCCAUGCUCACUCUUUCUCUCUCUCUCCUCUCUCUGUACAUUAAAAAGAGAUUCAAACUCAUAACAUAGUUAAAAAAAAAAAACAACACAAGGGUUUGUUGGGCACCAGACAGGCAAAGAAAGAAUGACAGAACUCUGCCUUGGGUGUCUUCUGUUCUGGAUAGGAUCCAAACACCACCCAAACAGCCACAGUGCCUAGCAUUUUGUGGUCCUUGUCUUGUUUUCCUUGUUUUAAGGACGAGGAAACAGACAGUGGGUCUGAUAACUAAGCCUCGGGUCUGCAGCUAGUGAGUGGCUGUCUCUCAGGCAGAGCUGAGUUUGAAGCCGAGCUUCGAUAUUAUUACAACCUUGGACUUUAUGUAAAUCCCUUACCCUCUCUGAGCCUCCAUAGCCUCAUCAUUAACAUAGAGACAGUCACAUUCAUCCCUUGGGGUGCUAGUGUUCAUUCAGUCACUCAGCAGUGAUUUAUUGAGCUCCUCCCGUGUACCAGGCACAGGAUACUGCGUGAAACAAGCAGACAAAGUCCUACCUGCACUCUAGCUGGGGUGGCUGGGGUGACAGAAGGCACAUCCAGGGCCUACUAGCUCAGGCCUGGUAGAGAAGAUGUGCUCAGACAGUACUCACGGGCCAGGGCUCAGGGGGCUCUGCCCGUAUCUCUGCCUUACUCCCUGUUGCCAGUGUCCAGUUGCUUGAGGGCUGUCACUGGCAUGAGGGCCUGUUUUCAGCUGUACAUGACCAAUCUGAGGUGCCCGGGGAACAAAUCCUCUCCUCCACCCAGAAGCCCGUAAUCAGUGACUGGUAAGGUUUGCAGGUCUCAGCCUCCCCAGAUCCCAGCUCUCCUAGGGAAGAGGAGAGGACCCUCCUGCUCCCCAGAACCCGCCUCCAGGCAGGGCCACGCCAACAUAGGCGCCGGGCUCUCAGUGAGCCAGCAGCCCUGAGCCUGGACAAGGCAUCCAUGCCAAGGACCCUGGAGGACACUCCCUUGCUGCUGGAGCUGCAGAAGCUGCCAGGAUUGGCCAACACAGACUUGACUGCCCCAAACCCCAAUAUCCAGGUGACCAUCGAGGUGGUGGAGGAUCCCCAGGCGGAGGUGGAGAUGGACCUAUUGGCUGAGCCCAGCAGUCGCUGGCCCCAGGGUGCCUCUAGCUGGCUGUCCGCCAAGGAGCUCUUCUGGCCCCUAUUCUGGAGCUACCUGGAGGGCGAGGAGGGGAGGACCAAUCUCAAGGGCAGAGCCCCAGGGGAAGAAGAGGAGGAGGAAGAAGUGGAGGAGGAGGAUUACCCUGCAGAGUAUAGUGAGAGUGAGGACCAGGAGGACAACGAGGAGGAAGAGGAGGAGGAGGAGGAGCCUGGGUUCAGUGGGGCCACAGGCAGCUGGGAGCAGGGCUGGCUGGCCCCUGGGGACUGGGCCUUCAAGGAGCCAGACGGCUAUGACUAUGAGCUUCAAGAGGAGUGGAGCCCCUGGUCUCCCUGCAGUGGGAGCUGCGGCAGCGGCAGCCAGAGGAGGACUCGGCCCUGCGGCUACGCCUGCACUGCCACCGAGUCCCGUGCCUGCGACCUGCCCCUUUGUCCUGGCACCGAGGACAAGGACCCCUCGGGCUUCCCCGGUGAGGGGUGGCCGCCCCUGGCCCACAAUGCUACGGACAUGCUCAGCCCAGAUGUGGAUAGCUGUGAGAAGUGGCUGAACUGCAAGAGUGACUUCCUAGCCAAGUACCUGAGUCAGGUGCUGCAGGACCUGCCCAGCUGCCCAUGCGCGUACCCGCUGGAGGCCGUGUACAGCGCGGUGAGCCUGCAGGAUGAGCACCGGGGCCGAAGCUUCCAGUGGAGGGAUGCCAGCGGGCCUCGAGAGCACCUGGACGUGUACCAGCCCACGGCGCGCUUCUGCCUGCGCUCAUUGCUGUCCGUGGAGAGCAGCACCCUGGCCGCCCAGCACUGCUGCUACGAUGCAGGCAGCCGGCUGCUGACUCGGGGCAAGGGCGCCGGUGCGCCUGACCUCGUCAGCACCGACUUCUCGCCCGAGCUGCACUUCAAGGUGGACACGCUGCCCUGGAUCCUCUGUAAGGGGGACUGGAGUCGCUACCACGCUGUGCGGCCUCCCAACAAUGGCCGGGCCUGCGCCGACAACCCUCCCGAGGAGGAGUACCUGGCCCAGUUGCAGGAGGCCAAGCAGUACUAACCAGGGGGCUGCUGUUCUGGAGAAGAUUCCCCUGCACACCCCUCACCCUGCCUCUGCCCAGACCCCGUGAGGCCGGCCGGCCUGGUGCUGCGGGCCCUCUGCUUGUGAACCCAAGGCAGGUCAGCACCCCAGGUGUCGGUGUGGGGCUGGGGACAGGUCGAGGGGUGUACAGUGCCCAGGCUGAGGGAGGGAGCUCAGCCCCCAAGGUCUCUGGGUGAUGGGGGAGGGGGGAAGUGUGUGUCUGUGGGGGCUGCCCUCUCCUGCCCCCUGGGAGGUGCUGUCCCAGCCUGGCCACUCAUUUUCCUCCCUCUCCCUCUGAGCUGGGCUCUUCCACCCUGGCUGUGGGCACACGUCGUGAUUCCCAGGGCCUGUGGUGCCACAGCUGCAUUUUGUCAGGCUGACAACCAGCCUAGCAGCCAGCCCUCUUUAUCUCUGGUUGGUUGUGGGAGGCCCUCUUGCCCCACCCCUGCUGGGAGCCACCACAGACCCACACCGGGGCCCUAACAGGUUCUCCUCAACUCCGAGCUGCUUUCCAGUGGACACUACUUUGGUUAGGGCUAAAGUCAACCCGUGGGGCCCAGCGUGGACAGACAGGCUGAGGUGGCCGAGACAGGGCCGGCUCCUGGCUGGGAAUGGGUCAACCAAUUCAGGUCCCUUUCUUUGUCCAGCAAUCUCUGCUCUGUCCAGGUUGUAGGGAUGUGCAGAACUGGAUGGCACUGCCCUGAAUGGACACAGCUGCCAGGUCUGGGUGGGCUCAGAACAGCUCAGGAGGAUGCGCACCAUGGUGAGCUGGUACACCCGUUCUCGGCUCGGGUUUGGCGGCAGGGAAGCCCAGAUUUGGGCAGUUUCUGUGGUGUUUGUAAAGGCUCCCGCCAUGGCCCACUUGACGCUCCCGAGGUGAUGUCAUUGAACGCACUGAGCUCAGAGCUGGGAAGAGAUGCACAUAAUCGGCUCACCUAGCAAACCUGGUGCUUCUUCCCUGCCCUCCUCACUCCCAAAAUCUUACUUCCUUGCCUUGUGUGGGGUUGAAGGGCUGAAGUCCCCACCAUCCUGUUCACAAAAGCUCCAAAAGGUGGGAACUUCAGCCCCUAGACCGCCGCCCUGAAGCUCUUUGUGAUCCUCAGCAAUAAAGCACUUUAUUUUCAAA